AUGAGAUAAAUAUAUGAAUUUAUUGUAAUUCAUAUAGUUUUCUAUGUGGUUUCUGUGCAUAAUGACUUAAAAUAAUAAGAAUUUGUAUAUGAUAAUAUAUAUUUUAGAAUCCAAAAGACAUUUAUUAAGUGUGGAUGCUAUUAAAUAUGUUCUUUGCUUCCAUUUAUAUUAUUACUAAAAAACUUACUUUAUUUCUUGUCUUUCUACUUUAAAGCUAUAUGUAUAUUUACUUAAGCAAAUAUAAUCCUUAUUAUGUUUAAGCAGCAACUGUAUUAAUUCCUAUAGCCUUAAUUGAUAAAUCUAAUCUUCUAAUAAUAUUGAAUUAAAUUGGAGCUUUUUUAAUCUCUGGACCAUACAAUCACAAUUAAUAGAUUUUAUUUGUAUUUUUAAUUAUAGUUUUGGCAGCUUAUAUUUAUGCUAAAUAGCAUGUUGAAGAAAUUUUAACGAAAGUAGUUAUUUUUAAAUAAGUAGAAAAAACAAAAAGUUGAUUAAGAUGAAAAAUUUUUAUAGGAAUUACCAUUUCCAUUGUUUAUUGUUAACAUCAAGUCUCAAAUUCAUUGGUCAAACAAAAUGGCUAGAGAAUUGACAGUUAAUUGUGGAGUUAAAUAGGGAGGGUCAUUAAAAUAGAUUUUUUAAGAUUAAGAUUUAUUUUUAUAAUACUUAAAUUAAGAUUCAAAAGAAUUAAUAGUUUAAAUGAAUACAGUUUUAAUUUAAUAGUCUCUUGAAUAAAGUUCACUCAUUUAAUCGAAUAAAAAUCUUCCAUAAUAAUAAUAAUAAUAGCCUCAAAAUGCAUAAGUAAGUAAUGAUCAUAAAAUGGCUAAAUUUUAAAGUUAAAAAGAAGACAAUCUAUAAAAAUCAAUUCAUAAAUAUUUAAACAUAGCAUGUUUGACAUUGAAUUCUCUAAGAAUAACAGAAUAAAUUUAAAAAGAAGUAUAAUCUUUAUUAAAUUUUAGAUAUUAACAGUUUUAAUUAAGCCAUUUAAAAUUAAUUAAAUGAGAUUAUUUAUGAUAUGCAUAAAUGCUAACAAAACAUUUUAGUAAAACAAAGUACUUUAAAAUCAUUUAAUAUAAUAAAUUAAAUAAAAGUAAAUGCCUCUAUAUCAUAUAUAGUGGACAAUAAAUGUUGGUUAGUUUACAAUAAGAUUAUCAAAAAUGGGAUAAUAUGAGAAGUUUAGAAAUAAUUAGAGAAUCAGAUUUAAAAGUGAUAUCUUAAUCGAUUGUAGAUUUAUAUAAAAUCAUUUUUGAAUUUGAAACAUAUGAAGUAUCAACAAGCUUCUUUCCGUAAUCUAAUUUAAUUAAUUUUCAAUGUAAAAUAUCAUUUAUAUUAUAGUCAAAGGAUUAGUAACCUACUUAAUUGAAGUAUUUGCUGGUAGAUAUUUAUAAAAGUUUACAAGCAUAAACCUUUAUUUUGAUAAUAGUAUUUAAGAUAAAAUGAAAGGAAAUUCUACUAAUUUUUCAUUAAUUUUUAUGAGUAUUUUAGAGUUAAUAGCUAAAUAUUCUGGAGAUAAAAAGCCUUCUUUAAAAAUUAAUUGUAAUUUAGAUUAAGUCACUGAUUAAAAUAAGGCAUAUUAAAUUUAAUUGUAAUUUCUAUGGAGGCAAGAUGAUGAAUUAGAUUAGAUAUUUAAAGAUUUUUUUCAUCAAUAAAUGAUGCCUAUGAAUGUUGAUCCAUAAGUUUAACGUUAUUUGAUGACAAUAAAAAGAUUAUAGAGUUAUUCUGCUAUGAAAAUAUUUUAUAUAGAAUAAUCAGUAGAGUCUAUUGAAUUAUUAAGUGAAUUACAUAUUUUUGUUGAUUUUUACAUAAGUGAUUCAGAAGAAUCAAAUUAAUAGGUUUAUUAGCCACCUUAAUUAUAAAUAACUUUUAGUAGAGAAUUUGUUGGAUAGAAUCCAAAUGAAAUAAUGUGGCAACCUAAAAAAUAACCAUAAGUGAUUAUUGAUAAAAAUCAUUAAGCAAUAAUUAGACCAAUAAAACAAAUGCCUCCUAAUUUUUUUAAUAAAUCAAAUCUACCUCUUAAUGUUGAAGCUAAAUUACCUAAAAAUUAAGAUGAGAAUAUUUCAGAUGAAGUUGCUAUUUAAAAAAAAUAAUAAGUUAUUAGAGAAUUAAUUUAAGCUUAAUUUAUUAAGGUAGCUCCACGUCUUUCUGAAAAGAUAGCUUAUUUGGUUAAAAAGAAAUUAGAAAGUUAAGCUAAUAAAUUUGAAGACAUUCAUUUUGUAGAAGAUCUUGAAAAUAACGUAGAUAGAGAAGAUUAAGGUGAAGAAAAUGAAGAAUAAUCUGAAUAUGGAACUAGUGAUGGAAUUAAAGGAAAUAGUUAUGAUGAUGAAGGUUAAUCUCAAACUACCCCUAACCUUGAUUCUGUUCCUGCUAAUAGACGACAUAUGAACUUUCCAUUUUAAAAUGAAUUUUCAAAUAGUGAUUCUAGAGCAACAAAUUAAAUGCUCUAAGCAUCCGAUUUGUCAAUUAUUACUUACAAAAAAUUAAAAAUUGAUUCUAUUACUGAAGAAAUCAAAUCCAAUUAGACUGAAACUGCUGAUUUUAGUUAAAUUACUAUGAAUGAAUAGUUUAUUCAAAAAAUAGCAGAAGCUUUGGAAAAGAAUAGUUCUCUAAAAACAUUAAAAUUUAUUAAGUGUGACCUUAGUGAUUAGAUACUUAUAAAAAUUUUAGAUUCUAUUGCUAAAACUUAGUAAAACAAUCAUUUAAAAUAGGAUUGAAAGCUUGCAUUUAUAACACAAUUUAUUAUAGGAAAAAGCAUUGAAUUAUCUAAUUAGUUUAAAAUAAGCUUAAAAAGAAUAUCCUGUAAAAGAAAUACAAUUUCAUAGUAAUUUAGUGAAAGAGAUUUAAAUUAGCAAAGAGAAAGCGUAAUUAUCAAAUUUAGGAAUAAAAGUUGUUAUUGGUUGA